UUGACAAGUAGCUGUUUCAUGGGGAACAGCAUGGCACACUUAGACUCAAACCCGGUGGCAUCGCCGUACAUCUCAGUGCUUACGAUGCAGUUGGUGCAGGAAAUUUCCCACCCAAAGGCGCGUGUCCUUCCGUUGGGGCUAAAAGUGCUCCAGCACAUUGGCCUGUGGGGGACUCAGCGUAAUCGAUUCAAAUAUAUUUUCCUGGUUGGCUCCCUGGUAGUCGUUUGGAUCGGUCCGAAGCUAGUGUUUGGACCCGGCAAGGAGGGUUUCAAUUCGCUAAUUCGAAGCACGGCGGAAGCGAUAUUUUUGACCGAAAAUUGCAUCACCAUGGUCUCGUUUGCCGCUAAAAACCAAACCUUCGAGCAGCUGAUCGACAUUUUGGAGUGCAUUCUACAGCGCAAGUGGCCGGAACAGCUGGAGGACGAGAUUGAGUCCUUCAAUCGGCGGAUGGAAAAACUGUCAAAAAUUUACGCUAUUUACAUCGCAUUUUUACUUUUUGUUUUCCUAAGCGUUCCUACUCUGACCUCGGUGAUACAGUUGAUCACCUUAGAUGAAGCCGAUCGUGGAGAUUUCACUUUGAUUUACGAACUUCAAUUCUACUGGUUGGAUAUUCUGCGAAAUCCGACACACUUCUUCAUAUUCACGGCAUUCUGCUACCCAGCGUCGUGCUGUUCGGCUGUGAUAGUUGCCUUGAAAGGAAUUGUAUUCCAACAGAUAAUCUACUACGGAUCGAAACUGUUCGAUCUGUUGGCCAAACGAAUUGACGCUAUGGCUAACAUAGCCCAAUUGAACGGACGUCGCGUGGAGUUACGGGAAAUUAUCGUGCUGCAUCAGAUGGCGUUGAAAUAUCUGGAACAUCUGGAAAGCACCAUGACUGUGAUUUUGAUGAAUCAAAUGAUGAGCUGCACUCUCGUUUGGUGUCUGAUGCUGUUCUACGUCACCAAGAAUUUCGGUCCGGAAGCAGUUCCCGUAAUUAUUCUGUUUCUACUGAUGGUAGUGGAAAUGGCAGUCUAUUGUACCAAUGGUACUAUUCUGAGUGAUAAGGCAGCAAAAAUCGCAAAUGCCAUGUACGCAUACUCCUGGUAUCGGGAACCCGUCGAUGUGCAGAAAGCAGCUCAGUUUAUUAUACAACGUGCCCAAAAACCGGCUGGCGUUACCGCGGCCAAGUUCUACUUUGUAGAUAUUGAAAAAUUUGCAACAACCGCUCAGGCAACCUUUUCCUACUACUUGAUCCUGAAGAAUAGUUUGUAA